AAACAAGUAGUGGUCUCUGGCGAUGAUACACAACAUAAAAAAUGGCGAUAUUUUUCCUCAAGAGUACUGAUGGAAAAAAAACUGUCAUCUAAAAUCACUUUUUGAUCUAUUUCACUCGCCACACCUUGAAAAUUUAGUUAUAAUAUUAUUUUAUAAAUAAACAUUAUUACUGGUUAUUUUUAUUGAGUAUUAUAAAUAUAAUGGCAGCAGUUACUGAAACUUUGACAUUAAAAAAUGAUGUAGAUCGUGCAAUAGAAUUAUUGGAUAAACUUCAAAAAAGUGGUGAAGUGCCAAGUACAAAAUUAGCAGCUUUACAAAAAGUACUGCAGAGUGAUUUUCUAAAUGCUGUAAGAGAAGUUUACGAACAUGUUUAUGAAACUGUUGAUAUUCAGGGGUCCCAAGAUGUAAGAGCAUCAGCUACUGCAAAAGCAACAGUAGCCGCAUUUGCAGCAAGUGAAGGACAUGCUCAUCCACGAGUUGUAGAACUUCCUAAAACUGAGGAAGGUCUUGGUUUCAAUGUGAUGGGUGGUAAAGAACAAAAUUCACCUAUUUAUAUAUCAAGAAUUAUUCCUGGAGGUGUUGCUGAUAGACACGGUGGAUUAAAACGUGGUGAUCAAUUACUCUCUGUCAAUGGAGUUUGUGUUGAAGGCGAAAACCAUGAAAGAGCGGUUGAAUUACUGAAACAAGCUCAAAGUUCAGUUAAACUAGUAGUUCGUUACACACCACGAGUUUUAGAAGAAAUGGAAUUGAGAUUUGACAAACAACGAGCUGCUCGUAGUAGGCGUCAAAAUGUGCAAUAAAUUUUAUUUUAAAAAUAUCUUGAUUCAUUUCUCUCUCUCUCUCUCUCUCUCUCUCUCUCUCUCUCUCUCUCUCUUUCUCAUUUUUUUCUCUUUCCAUAUAUUUAUAUAACAUAAUUCAUCUUGAUUGAUUUAAUCAUAGAUAUAUGUAUAUGCAUUUAUAAUUACACAUUUUUUCAUUUCAUUCAUAAUAUUUAUUAUUUAUAAUAUGAUACAUUUGAAAUAUUAAUAGUGUUAUUAAUAUCAAUGUACUAUGUGUGAUCACCUGAAUUUAAAAAUUAAAAAAAAAAAAUAAAAAAAAAAGAUUUAGAACGACA